GAAGAACAGGAUGAGGGAAGACCUCAGAAUCUGUUGAUGGAAGGAAGGAGAGAUAUGUUGUUUUGAUCAUGGCUCUAAGACACCCUGAAAACAGAGCUUUACAGCCCUCACUGGAUUCAUCUCACUAGACUUCCUUAUUUGAGAAUUUGGAAAACCACUUCUAAGGCAGAAAAGUGACUUAGUGUCGCCAUGGAUGGAGUCGCCAUGGAUGGAGUCAUCAUGGAUGGAGUCAUUAGCCAUUAAUUGACCUCAGUUUCUUCUGAUCUGUGAACAAACAAACAACAACAAAACAAAAAUCCAAGCAUACAGCAAACACCAGCCUUUAUUUUACCUAUGAUGUCUCAAUGAGAACCUCUGUCUGCUCCAGGAGCUUUGAAGCCCAGCAAAGAAGGGAAAUCCACCGAGAACAGUCUGUAAAGGUAGGUGUCCUGGGACAGCUUGCUCGGUCACUCCUCUCCAAAAACUCUUCGUCUUGCACUGAGGACACCAAGGAGGCAGCACUCAUCUGUAAGAUUCACCGUGAGACCAUGUCAUUUAGAUUUGGCCAACAUCUCAUCAAACCCUCCGUGGUAUUUCUCAAAACUGAACUGUCCUUCGCCCUGGUCAAUAGGAAACCCGUUGUACCUGGCCAUGUCCUUGUGUGCCCUCUGAGGCCAGUGGAGCGCUUCCGUGACCUACGUCCUGAUGAAGUGGCCGAUUUGUUCCAAGUGACCCAGAGAGUAGGGACAGUGGUGGAGAAGCAUUUCCAGGGGACCUCCAUCACCUUCUCCAUGCAAGAUGGUCCUGAAGCUGGACAGACUGUGAAGCAUGUACAUGUCCACAUUCUUCCAAGGAAAGCAGGGGACUUCCGCAGGAAUGACAACAUCUAUGAUGAGCUCCAGAAACAUGACAAAGAGGAAGAGGACUCCCCAGCCUUUUGGAGAUCUGAGGAGGAGAUGGCCGCGGAAGCGGAGGCGCUGCGCGUCUACUUCCAGGCAUGAAAGUAACUCAAACAAAUCCUAAGGCAUACGGAAAUGGUCCUCGCUCUUCUAGACUCCGCAGCAUUGGAAAUGAAGCUGAGCAGACUUUAUUACAUCCCACAAUUCUGCAGCUUUUUGCAAAGCAUUUUAUUGCACUAGUGGAAGCCACUAAGGUUAUGUUUCAAUCACAAUGACUGACAGGCUAACUUCACAAACAGUAGCAUAGACUGCCUGCCACAGUUUCUCAGUUAUGUACUUAGAAUAGGACCUUUUCCAAAACUGUCCCUUAGCCUGGCUGAAAAUAAAGUGAUAGCUAAAAUAUUUA